AUGCAUAUUAAGAGGAAGACUAUGGCACAAUAUGGUUGUCCUUUUAAUAUGAGGAUGGUGUUUGGAAAAUACUUUCGAUGUGUUUACCGGCGAUUAGGAUUUCUAGGUCUGUACUUUGCAGCAGUGUAUUUCUUCAUUAUUUACAUCUUGUUGAUCUCGGUCGAUAUCACGCUUCACGUUAAAAUAAAAACCUCAAGUACUAUUCCAAUACUUACAACCGGACCAGUGACCACGAAUUCGAAUCCCGUUUCGACAAUAUUCCCGCCAAAAACGUAUUAUAUGGAAAUAAGUGAAUAUCCCAUGACUUUCGACAUAAAGUCAUUUGUUGAAGAUACUAUACAAGACAAAGAUUUAACCAACUUUUCUAAUGUCCCUUCCAUUAAUCCAAGACUUUUUGAUUAUGUUUAUAAAGCGAGAAAAUGUAAGUUUGACCCAAACGUAAAACACAAAUUACUCAUUCUUGUGAAAUCCGCCGCAGGAAAUCGAGAUUGGAGAAGACAAAUUCGUAAAACUUGGGCUGCAGAUUACAGAGACGGCAAAACCAUAAAAGUUGUGUUUCUCAUCGCAGCAACAGAGGAAGAAAUUCAAGUAUACAUAGAUUAUGAGGCGCGGAAAUUCCGGGAUAUCAUCCAAGAGAACUUUCUUGAUUCCUAUCGGAAUAAUACUUAUAAGACUAUUAUGGGAUAUAACUGGGCGAUCGAGUUUUGUCCUACUGCCGAUUAUCUUCUAUUUCUUGAUGAUGAUAUUCGUGUUAAUAUCGAAAAUCUAACGACACAUAUCGACGAUAUAUCGAAACAGUCCAGGCACAUUAUCGAUAAUCUUUACAUCGGGUUGUUGAUCCCAUGCGGAGAACCGUAUCGUGACAAUUCUUCAAAGUGGUACAUCUCUUAUGAAGAGUACCCGUAUGACUUCUGGCCGCCAUAUUUGGCAGGGGGCGCAUUUCUUAUGUCUCGCAUUUCCGCUCUGAAAUUUCAACUGGCCAUUCCUUACGUUGCACCGGUCAGUAUUGAUGAUUCGUAUUUAGGAAUUGUGGCUAAAAAAUUGGGAAUAAGACCAAUUGAUAGUCUCAUGUAUCACUCCAGUGGGAGGUAUUAUACUGACCAGUCUCUGUUUCAGCAUAAAGGCAAAUCUAGCGAUAAACAGGUCGAACAAGACAGAUCCGACUCAUUCACUUCAAACACCGAAAUGUGUUUUGGUUAG